AUGAGUUCGAGGACAGAGGACGCCGGUCCUCCAGGAGACGCUGCCCCUGAAACUCUGGAUGGUAGGAUCUGGGUGGACGGCUGCUGGGAUUUCUUCCACCACGGCCAUGCCGGCGCGAUGCUGCAAGCCCGCCAGCUCGGCUCGGAGCUCGUCGUGGGCAUCCACUCCGACGAGUCGAUCUUGGAGAAUAAAGGGCCGACGGUCAUGACUUUGAAAGAACGUAUUGCUGCCGUCGAUGCUUGUAGAUGGGUGACCCAGUCCGUACCGUAUGCGCCAUAUGUCACCUCCCUGCCUUGGAUCUCGCACUAUGGGUGCAAGUAUGUUGUGCACGGAGACGAUAUUACCUCGGAUAGCAGUGGGGAGGACUGCUACCGCUUUGUGAAGGCGGCCGGUAGAUUCAAGGUUGUGAAGAGGACGCCGAGUAUUUCGACUACAGAUCUGGUAGGGCGGAUGUUGCUGUGUACUCGCACGCACUUCAUAAAGUCUUUGACGAAACUGCUGGGUGGAGAGGAGGGGUCAGGACCGGAAGAGGAGAGGGUCAAGACGGGGGCCGAUAUGACGGAAAGGAUGAAGAUGUAUGCCACAGACGAGACGGGUUUGAAUCCUGGAUCCAGCGUGUGGUUCUGGACUGCUUCCAUCAAAGCCAGAGAAGACGACACAGAAGAAGAGAAGGGAAAUUUCAGCUGCUUGAGCCAAGGUUCGCAGCCGAAGCCCGGUCAACGCGUUGUCUAUGUCGAUGGCGGCUUCGACCUCUUCUCCUCCGGCCACAUCGAGUUCCUGCGAAAGGUCAUCCAAGCCGAGGAGAAGCUCGGCGAGGAGGAAGGCUGGUACAGCAAGGAAGCAACCGACGAGCGCAUGGGCAAAGGCGCAGACUAUGGUCCGGUCUUCGUCGUCGCAGGCGUCCACGACGACGAGGUCAUCAACCACUGGAAGGGCGUCAACUACCCCAUUAUGAACAUCUACGAGCGCGGCCUCUGCGUGCUGCAGUGCAAGUACGUCAAUUCGGUGAUCUUCGGCGCACCGUUCACGCCUACGCGCGCCUACCUGACCUCGACGCCUUGGGGCACGCCGGAUGCGGUGUACCAUGGCCCGACGUCGUUCAUGCCGCUGACGUACGAUCCUUAUACAGCGCCGAAGGAGAUGGGUAUUUACAAGGAGAUUGGCGAGCAUGAUUUCUCAGAUGUGAAUGCUGGGCAGAUUGUGCAGCGAAUUCUGAAAAGUAGGGAUAUGUACGAGGAGAGGCAGCGGGUGAAGGGGGUGAAGGGGAUCGGAGAAGAGGCCACUCGGAGGAGGGAGGAGAUGGAGGAGCAGCAGAGGGUUAAGGAGGAAGCGGCUUAG